AUGGAGAACGCCAAAGAAUCUAACCAUGGCAACAAACCCAACGAAGAAAACCCUAACUCCGAGUCCGAACCGGAACCCGAAUCCAUCCCCUCAUCUCGACAGCCUUCUCGCGCGCCCUUCACUAGCCUCAGCCAAGUUGAUGCCAAUCUGGCCCUCACCCGUACACUUCAAGAACAGGAAAGGGCAUAUAUGAUGCUUAGAAUGAAUGGCGGUGAUGGAAGCGGUUAUGGAAGUUCUGAUAGUGGUGGUUAUGUUUAUGAAGAUGAAGCUGGUGAUGAUCCGAAUGAUGAUGGGAAUGAUGCUGGGAGCAUUAAUGAUGGUGAAGAUGCAUUCGAUGUGCAUGGAUGGGCAGAGUGA